AGCAUACCCGGGCCGUCUGUCAUACCCGGCCCAAAAUAGUGAGCCGUACGGGUACCUAUUUAUGGUUGCCGAUUAGGGUUUGUUCUCUUGCCGCGUUUCUAUCUUCAGCAACCCUGCCCGCCUGUCCUCCCCAAGGAGCUCUCUACCUUGAUCGAAAAUGCCGUCGCACAAAACAUUCAUGAUAAAGAAGAAGCUAGCGAAGAAGAUGAGGCAAAACAGGCCCAUCCCUCACUGGAUUCGCAUGCGCACCGACAACACCAUCAGGUACAAUGCCAAGCGCAGGCACUGGCGCCGCACUAAGCUAGGGUUUUGAGAGACCGGCUCUUCAAAUCUCGUUUCUUUGCAUUUCGUUAGGUUUUACCUUGAUAUGUUGGAUCUUGCAAGUACUAAAACUCGGUUUCCCUUAUUUUAGUGUUCAAUUUUUUUUUGGGAAUACUUAAUUUUAUAUAAUUUCAAGCCUUUAGCAUGUUAGUUUCUCAAUUGAGCAAUUCCAUGUGAAUGUUGCCUCUGAUUAUUGUCGUUGUUCUUCUGUUU